UGCGGUGUGGUUGUAGUCUAUGAUGCUACUCUAUUGUCGGCAAACAAUAAUUUGAAAAGGAAAAGACUUUCUAGUGCUAAAGAAUACGCAGCAAACAAUAAUGUACAUCGACCAGCGACAAUAAAACAGCAAAGCAAAAAGCAAGCAACAAAAACAAAAACAAAAACAAAAAAAGGAAAUGAAAAUUUAGCUGCUGCGUUCAUUGGCCAACUGACAUCCAAAAACCAGAGGCUCCACUGUGCAUAAUCAAGUGAAUCGAAUCGUCAAAUAAAUUAAGCAUUCUAAGCAGAACAAUCAAAGCCGAGAAACUGUGCCAAACUGUGCCCUAAUACAUGCCCAGAUAUACUCCAUUUGCAAACAUGCAUCAACUGAAAUUUUGCACAAUUUCGCGUAUUUGGCUUUUGUCAAGCGUUUUAUUGCUAUUCACAUUUGUGGAAGAGACAAAGGCUUAUGGAUUUGGACGUUGCCCGAAGUAUCCAUCCAUGCCAAAGUUCAAUAUGAGUCGAGUACUCGGCCACUGGUACGAGGUGGAGCGCUCUUUCUAUUUGCCAGAAAUCGCCUCCGGCUGCACCACAUUUGAGUUUCAGCCCUACAGCAAAGCGGAGCUCUCCAAAUUUAAUAAUUUUAAAGUGGAGGUGGCAAUCAAGACUGUCAAUCGCAUUACUGGCAAUCCGAAUGUGAAUCUGGGCUAUGCCACGCCAGAGAACAGCAAGUCCUCCAUUAUGGACUUUAAGUUCAACACACGUUUUCCGGAGGUGAUUGCCCGUCUACUGCCCGGCUCCGGCAAGUACCAGGUGCUCUAUACUGACUAUGAGAAUUAUGCCAUCCUGUGGUCAUGCGGCAGCAUCGGAUCGCUUGGCCAUGCGGAUCAGAUUUGGAUACUGGGACGUGAAACGGACUUUGUCGUGGAGAUACGUGAGAAGAUCUACGAUGUGCUCAAGCGACUGUCCCUCGACCCGGAGCGGCUGGUGCUCAGCAAAAACACCAACUGCCCCAAAAUCAACUAA